CACUCUUCGUUCGUUGGACUGUCGAGCUUCGAAGAACGUGGGGUUAUAAUUGUAAAGUGGGAAAAAGAACAUCGACGUAGUACUUUCAAGAUUGUACUUGUCCUCAACUGAUGCUUGAUUUCGAUGGGAAGAACAGAUUUUUUUUCGAAAUGAGUGAGUUAUGUCGUUGGCAACAACUUAGCAUCCAAAGCUAAUUAGCUAGUUAGCAAGAGAAAAGCUAACUACAAUUCUCCAUUAGCUCAUAGAGACUGUGUCAGCAAGUACGCCGUUUGGAUUUUUUUCCUCUGCUUUUUCUUUAAAUUAACAUUGUUGUAAACAAAACAGUAAAAGAAGAAUCAGAAAGAAAAUGGGCUCUUCCAAGAAACAUAAGGAAAAGAGUCGCGACAAGGACACCGAGGAGCGCCGUCGCGAACAUAAGAAACAUCGCCACAAGGACCGCGAUGCUUCAGAUCGAGAUGCGACACGGGAUAAAGAUAAGCGAAAACGCUCCAGGUCCAGGGAAAAAACUAGACGGGAGAGCCGCGGCAAAGGCGAAAGAAGCAGCGACGAGCCACGAGUGAAGAAGGAGAAAGUAGAUACUGGAUACGAGGAAAGCAUUACAGAAGGUCAACCUCAGAGUUCAAGCGGAGAUGCAUCUCUCAGCAUCGAGGAAACAAACAAACUUAGGGCUAAGCUGGGUCUGAAGCCCCUGGAAUUAAAUGAGAACAAGAAGGAGCUUGGGACCAAAGAGGACCCAAUGGUGGCCGAGACUAUCAAUCCUGUUCUCAUCCAGCAGCAGAAAGAUGUGAGAGAGAAACUUGCAGCUGCGAAAGAAAAGCGCCUUCUCAACCAAAAACUAGGAAAAAUCAAAACUCUAGCUGACGAUGACUGGCUUGAUGACACAGCUGCUUGGGUUGAAAAAAGCAGAAAGCUGUCAAAAGAAAAAGAAAUGGCAGAGAAGAGAGCCAAACUUUUGGAGGAGAUGGACCAAGAAUUUGGUGUCAGCAGUCUUGUGGAGGAGGAGUUUGCUCAAAGUAAACAGGAUUCAUAUACAUCCCGGGACCUAAAGGGUCUCAAAGUGCAGCACAAAGUGGAAUCUUUCAGUGAGGGCUCAACUGUUAUCCUGACCCUACAAGACAAAGGUGUGCUUGAAGAGGAGGAAGAUGUGCUUGUAAAUGUAGGACUUGUGGACAAGGAAAAAGCAGAAAAGAAUGUGGAGUUGAAAAAGAAAAAGCCUGAUUACAAGCCCUACGAAGAGGAGGAGAGCGUGGAUGACAUGGUUACGUUUAAGCCUCGUUCUGUUCUGUCAAAGUAUGAUGAGGAAAUUGAAGGCGAAAAGAAGAAAAGCUUCUGUUUGAGCACAGGGGGAUUUGCUGAUGGGGAACGAGAAAAGGAACUCCAGGCUAUGAGAGAAAUGCUGCGAAAUCAGGCCCAGACAUUGGAAAUGCCUGCUCUCGCCAUUGCCUCUGAGUAUUACACACCCCAGGAAAUGGUGGGCUUUAAAAAGACAAAACGUCGUGUGAAGAAAAUCAGGAAGAAGGAGAAGCAGACAAUUGUGGAUGAACUUGUUGAUGACACGCGUAGCUCUGAUUUUGGCUCCAGAUCACGUGGUCGAGGCCGCAAACAGGCUGGUGAUGAUGAUGGAGAAGUACAGGAGGAGGAGGAAGGCAAAUGGCCACAUGAAGUCCCCCAAAUGUCUGAUGACAUUAGGAUGGCAGAAAUGGAAAUGAGUGAUGAUGAGGACUUUGCACCUCUUGAUCCAGCUGUGAUUGAAGAGGAUGAGGCAGAGCAGGAGCUCCAAAAACAGCUGGAGAAGCAGAGAAAACUGAGGCAAAAGCAGCUUCUCAAAGACUCUGGGGAGAAGGUGGCAGAGCAGGUGAAAGGGAUGGUUAAAGGUGAUGAUGACAAUGACCCUGAGAAGAAAAACAACAUUGUUUUCAAUGCAACCUCAGAGUUUUGCAGAACUCUGGGCGAUAUUCCAACUUAUGGACUGUCAGGAAACAGAGAGGAUCAAGAAGAUAUUAUGGACUUUGAGCAGGAGGAAGAGAAGGAUGAUGCUGGAGAUGCAGACUCCGAAAUGGAUGAGAAUAUUGGCUGGAGCACAGUUAACCUGGAUGAGGAGCAAAAACAGCCAGAUUUUUCCACCGCUUCUGCCACCAUUUUGGAUGAAGAACCCAUUGUUAACUCUGGCCUUGCAGCUGCACUACUGCUGUGCAAAAAUAAAGGUCUGCUGGACACUCAGAUGCAGAAAGUAGCUCGUGUCAAAGCACCUAAGGGUUCUCUGCCCAAUGACAACUACUGCAUUGAGGACAAGAUGGGCUUUGAUGACAAGUACAGCCGCAGAGAAGAAUAUAGAGGCUUCACACAGGAUUUCAAAGAAAAGGAUGGAUACAAGCCGGAUGUCAAGAUUGAGUAUGUAGAUGAGUCUGGGCGGAGACUCACUCCAAAAGAAGCUUUUCGACAGCUUUCACAUCGAUUCCACGGGAAGGGGUCUGGAAAGAUGAAGACAGAGAGGAGAAUGAAAAAGCUGGAAGAAGAGGCACUGCUGAAGAAGAUGAGCAGCAGCGAUACUCCUCUUGGGACUGUGGCGUUGCUUCAAGAGAAACAGAAAUCCCAGAAAACACCAUACAUUGUGCUUAGUGGGAGCGGGAAAAGUAUGAAUGCAAACACCAUCACUAAAUAAGUACCGAGGAAGUGAUUACUGUGUGUAAUAUAGAAACAAACACAUGCAUAGAUAUAAAGUUGUCUAAACCCAUUUUAAGAUGAUUGCUUAAAUUUCCUGUCUUAGUUGAUACAAGUUUCAUUGUGUUAAAGAAUUGUUCAAUAAAAUCAGUGUAGGUGUAAAAAUGGUUUCAUUUUUUU